GAUUCCUUUUAAGCCAGAACAGCAAGAAUGCUCAAGAACACUACACAAGUAUUCAGGACAUGCAGUGGAGAAUAUUGUUCACAACUUUUUACUUCCUUUCAGGUUCUGAUUUUAUAAAGACAUCUACAGGAAAGGAGGUGGAAAACGCGACCUUUCCAGUUGGAGUAGUCAUGAUGCGAGCCAUUAGAGAAUUCUACUGGCAAACUGGCAACAAGGUUGGAUUUAAACCUGCUGGGGGCAUUCGGACAGCAAAAGAAGCUAUUACUUGGCUUAUGCUGGUAAAGGAGGAACUGGGAGUGGAAUGGCUAACACCAGAGCUCUUUCGCCUGGGUGCCAGUACUUUGCUGGAAGACAUUGAGAAACAGAUUUUCUAUCAUGUGACUGGCUCUUAUGCACUUCAGCAUGAUCUGGCAAUGGCUUAGACACAAAAUCAACUCAGGAUUACUUUUACAAAAGAGGUCUUUAAGCAAACAGCAUUCAGAAGUCUUCUGACAACCAAGUGCAUACGAUAGAAUUAAAGGCCUAAUUCUCCCUUCUUCAUAUUUUAUAGUAUUUAAAAAUAUGC